AUGUCAAACCCUGCAAGCUCAUCCAUCCGCAUAUCCCGUUGUGAGCUCGCUCGACUACACCGCGAACCUUCGCAAUCGUCCACCUUGGAGGACUGCAGGAAGCGUAAGCUACAAGAGACAGCUACGCAAACUCCAAACACAACCGGGUCAGCCACUAAGAAGCAUCGGGGUCGUCCGGCAAAAGCAACAUCCACUCCAUCCAGUCAGAGUUCCGGGUUAUCUGGCGAUAGCACGCCUUUCACCGCUCGUCCAGGAUACCCUCUUGAUUCACGAGGAGAACUCCCAACUCCAGAAGGAAGCCCGCAGCACACGCCCGAGACAGAACUUCACGAUAUCGUCAUGGUCGAGAACACCCCGGUCGCCGGUAACAUGAACAGCAGCAACAACAUCUUCGACGAGGACCAAUCUUUCGACGACACUUCAAUUGUUCCUGACACUCCGCUGCCAGAACAGCCGACAUAUGAGGGCAUCGAGAUCCAAGAUCGUCAAUCUCCGUUCGUCCGCCUUGCUACCGAAUUGGAAAAUCCGUUCAUCGGCUCACCGAUCGAGAGCGACUUUCUGCGGCGCUUUGCGUCCAUCUCCUCCGACCGUGAGAGUGAUAACGUCCAUUACACUGUUCGUGGUGGCGGCGAUCACGAAGACCGAGACUACCAGGCUGAAGCAGAUGGUCUUCGUGAAUCUCGCUCCGCUCUCCGYGUGAAUCUCGAAGCAAGCACUGCUCUGGUACAUACGCUCCAGAACAGACUGGUACAGAACGAGGGAGACACGGUCGCAAACCGUGCUCUUCUAGCUCAAGCGCAAGCUGACUUGAUAGAAGCCCAGGAAAGAGUCGAGGGCGUCCGAACUUCUAUGAGACGCCUGGGUUCCAUUUUGGCAAUCGUGGUGUUUGGCGCGACCGUAUAUGUCCUUUGGGUGUGGUUGAAUGGACCGGAGAUGGCGUACAUUAGGAAGCGUCGGACCGAUCUUUUGAUGGAGUAG